UUUAUUCAAUUCAUUGCAGGCUGAGGGCGGGGCCCUUUCAUUUGUAAAACCAAAUCAAUCUUUCUUACAAGAGCAUGCUGCAUAUGGGAAACCACCUCAAACAUUGCUUGCGUAUGUAAAUGGUGAUCAUGAGUAUGUAGUUUUUGAUCCUUAUAGUGACGAAACAUCUGAAGUUACGGGGAUGCAUCAGGGUGCACCUGUUGACCAUGGAGAGACAGGGAAAUUCGGGUAUGCAUCAAUGUAUGGGGAACUACCGAAGUUUGAGCUGAAGAGCAAUAACACUUCCAGGAUCCAAUUUGUAUCAUCAGGAAAACCAUGGGAUACUAUAUUCAGUGGCUCGUCACACAACCUUCCACCCCUCACCAAACUGUGUAAAGAAUUUCUGGAAUCAUUAUUGGAGAGAAGGACUCCUGUUGAGUGAUCUCGGAACUGAGGGAUCUUUCUAGUGGAAAUUUUGGAGAACAUUUUAACAAAUACACCAGCACCGACUUUCAUAUAAACUAGAGCUAGUCCAAGUUUUCUUCACAUCAAGACAAGUGCAGUGCAUAGUUGAUAUGCUAGAUGCAAUACCAUGUUCGAGAAGAGGAAGACUGCACAUUUAAGGUCGGUGAAUUCUGUCUGCAAGAAAGUUACGAGAUCCCUGGUAGCUUGGCUUUAUGUUCUUGAUGAUCAUGUUCUGAAUUUGUAGCAUUAAGAGGAAUGAUCAUUUCGGACUAAAGAUUGUAUUUGAAUCCUGGAUAUUUCAGUCUUUAUCUUGUGAAAGCCGGGUUUGUGGCCACGGUCAAAUUUUGUAAUCAUAGCAGAGGAAAAUAUCAUUUAGAAAUA